GUCUGCGUUCUUCGUGUUCUGCAGCGAGUACCGUCCCAGUGUGAAGCAGCAGUAUCCUGGGCUGUCUAUAGGAGACUGUGCCAAGAAGCUGGGAGAGAUGUGGAGCAAGCUGUCCCAGUCUGAGAAGCUGCCGUACGAGGAGAAGGCCCAGAAGCUACGAGAGAAAUACGACCGGGACAUGGUGGCGUACCGCGGCGGCGGCACGUAUGCCAGGAACCCCAGCUCUUCAGCUCAGGGAGGAGAGGAGGAGGACGAGGAUGAGGGCGAGGAUGAAGAGGAGGAGGAGGACGAUGACGAGUAGAGACGAAGAGCUGCAGCUGGGAGAGAGAGUGUUAGAGAGAGAGUGAAACAGGUGUGUGUGUUUCAGAGUGCAGGUCAGGGGGCGGAGCCUCACAGCAGGUGUGUCUACGUUUCAGAGACUUCCUGUUCCUCUGUUAGGGUGUGUUUCUAAACACCGUCCCCCUCUGAUAGAAACAAGGUUCCACCUGACAGGAAGCACACUAACACUUCCUGCUGCAGCUGAUGGCAGGGACAGAAGAAGAAGAGGUCAGAGGUUAACAGCUGCUUGUGUAUAGAUCACAUGACUCCAUCUGGUGAGUCUGACAGCAUCACCUGGGUACAGACGUUUAUUUAAACAGCCUCAGCCUGGCUCACAGGUCACAUGACCACAGGAGUCAUGUGACUGAGUGUCGGUGCUGGUGACAGAGGGAGGCGGAGUGCUCUGAAACACACACACCCGACCACAGAGAGUGUGUGUGUGUCACUGUGUGUGUGAGAACAGGGUGUGUGUGUCUUUACAGUAACGUGUGUGUGUGAGGUCAUCAGAUGUUAAACUGUCCCACAGCAGAGGACAGUACAGUAACCCCCCUCCUCUCACUGUUACCAUGGUUACCCCUGCACCCUCCACCCCUCCUGUGUGUUACCAUGGAAACCCCCGCCCCCUUCAGCAUCAUGUUGUUUUUAUGUUGUGGACGUUUUUGUUCUUCGUUCACUGUCAGAGUAGAAACUUCAACUUUUAUAAUAAAACAACCACCUGAGGGAAAAACCCA